AGCUCACGGAACGUCUCUCUGAAACAAAAUGGCUGACAUGGAGAGUGUCUAUGGCAUCUUUCGGCUCCAAUUACAUUUUUAACAUGAACCGUAUUUGCACGUGCACUGUUGCAUUUAGCAGGUAAACAAAAUGUUCAAAAAGGCGAAAAGAGCAAACUUUAGACGUCGGAAUGAGUCCGACGAGGAUGAGCAGGAGGAGAGUCAGCAGCCGCAGCUGGCGCCCACAAUGUUCGGGCCUACCGAAAUCCCGUUUAUGGAGACUUCCAGUAACAACGCUACCGGAGCGCCUAGCGCUACAGAGAGCUAUCAUAGUAACGGCCUUCAAGCUAACAGCUUGAGAGCUGUCAAGAAGGAAAAGAAGGGCAAAGAUACAGCUCCCGUGGUUGGACCCACGAAAGCCAGUUUACUGAGUUUCGUCGAUGAUGAAGAAGGAUCCGAGGUGUUCCGAGUGAAGAAAUCCAAUCACAGCAAAAAGAUUGUGAAGCAACUCAAGAGAGAAUACAAGGAGGAUUUGGAGAGGUCUGGGUGUAUCAAACAGGAUGUUAAAUCAGAUGCUCCACCUCAGCCUGCAGUUGCCAUUAAAGAGGAGGUUGCUAGCAGAGCAAGUAGUGAACAGGGAGAAGAAGAAAUGGAGGUGGACAGUGCUGAUGAGCAGGAGGAAGAUGCACGGAGUCAGGGUGGACAGACACACAGUCAAGUGUCCAAGAUCAACAGCACAGGAGCGACAUUCAACACACUUUCUUCACUUGGCAGCUUGAGACCAGGGGAGAUUCCUGAUGCAGCAUUCAUCCAUGCUGCCAGAAAACGCCGGCAGCUGGCUAGAGAGCUGGGGGGUGAUGCCCCUCUGGUUGACGCAGAGACUCCAAAGAAACGUCUGGUACGAGAAGACCAAGAUGCCAGUGACGACGAAGAUGAGGAAGAGAAGAGAAUCCGCUUCAGUGGAGUCAGAAACAAAAGUCAGAGACAAAAGAUAGCUGAGGAAAUAGGUAUUGAGGGUAGUGAUGAUGAAGCACUGGAUACAGGUCAGGAUGAGGAGGUGAGCCGUUGGGAGCAGGAGCAAAUUAGGAAAGGAAUCAGCAUACCCCAGGUCCAAAGCAGUCAGCCAGAAGACAGCACAGUCUACUACCAGAACAGCUAUGAGAGCCAGCCCUAUAGCUCUUCCUACAGCAUGCCUUACACCUACACUACCGUGGCCCCACAGACUGGCAAGCCAACUGGACGAGCUGACAAUGGUUCUGUUCACUAUGGGGCCGCUAUUAAUGAUCUAACCCCGGUAUCCAUUGAUCUGGUAAAGAAACGCCUGCAGGAUAGGCUCAGCCAAAUGCACGCAGGCCACAAUGCAAAUGUCGACCGCUACAAACAGAUCAAAGAAGACCUAGCUGCUUCUGAGCGUACCAUACAGCAGCUGGAGGGCUCAUCCAAUGACAAUGCAGAGCAAUAUAAGUUCUUGCAAGAGAUGCGAGGGUAUGUUGGAGACUUGCUUGAGUGUUUCAGUGAAAAGGUGCCUGCUGUCCUGGAGCUGGAGGCUGCCAUGCACCAGUUACUAAGGCAACGGGCCGCACGACUUGUCCAGAGACGACAGGAUGAUAUUAAAGAUGAAUCGUCGGAGUUUGCAAGCCUUUCAAAUAAAGCUGUCAUGGCUCCUAAUCUAGACUCAUUUGGCCGAGACCGUGCAGCAUACCAAGAGCACAGUCGUCAGAGGAGGAUAGCUGAAAGAGAAGCACGAAGAACACGACGGCGACAAGCCAGAGAGCAGAAUGGAAAGAGGGCUGAACAUAAAGAAGGCUUAUCAUCUGAUGAUGAGGAAACUUCUACUGACAUCACCAGCUUCAACAUGGAGAGAGAUCGUAUCAUCAGGGACAGUAAGAAAGUAUUUGAGGACGUUGUGGAAGACUUUCACUCUCUUGACUGCAUCAAAUCUCACUUUGAAGUGUGGAGGAAGGAGUAUGCUGACUCCUACAGGGAUGCUUACAUAGGUCUCUGUCUGCCAAAGCUCUUUAACCCCUUAGUCCGUCUGCAGCUGAUUACAUGGAACCCUCUUGAGGCGCAGUGUGCAAACUUUGAGUACAUGCUGUGGUUUGAGUCGCUGUUGUUUUACGGCUUUGAAGAGAACAGCACAUUACAGAAAGGAGAUGGAGAUAUUGGCCUGCUGCCUGCUAUUGUGGAGAAGGUCAUCCUCUCUAAACUGUCAGUCUUGGCAGAGCAGGUGUGGGACCCGCUCUCAAGCAGUCAGACGACCAGGCUCGUGAGCUUCAUCCACAGACUGCUUAAAGGUUAUCCCACUGUGCUGCACGGGGACAACCGAUACACACAGGAGCUGUUGAAAACAAUCGUCUUACGGACCAGGAGAACUCUGGAUGAAGAUGUGUUUCUUCCACUCUACCCCAAAAACGUGCUGGAGAACAAAAACAGCGGUCCCUACUUAUUCUAUCAGAGGCAGUUCUGGUCCUGUGUAAAGCUCCUGGGCAACGUCCUGCAGUGGGAGGGCAUCUUAUCCAAUUCCUGUCUGAAAGACCUGGCCUUGGACAGUACUCUCAACAGAUAUAUCCUCUCUGCGCUGCAGACAACGGAUACAUGGGAGGAAAAUAUUCAGAAGUGCCAAAAGGUUGUGGAGUGCUUGCCAUCGCACUGGUUCUCUGGAUUGAAGGGCCAGCAGACGUUGCCUCAGUUGGAGCCAUUCUGUCGCUACCUCGCCCACCUGGCCAACUCAUUGCACCGCAGCACUUUGAGCGCGUCUGAUAUUGAGCGGCGCACUUCAAAGGAGCUAAUCAAAGACGUUGUGAAGAUGUUGGGCCAAAUGAAUGCCCUGGACCACAUCAUAACUGUGGCAGCAGAGCAUGGGAUUAAAGACAUCAAACCACUUUUGGAAGUCAAAUCAUAAGAGGACAAGACUGAGGCAACUUUUCAUAUGGAUUUUGUUGUGUUCAGCCAACGGAUCACCCAACUUAAAAACUUAAUAGUUGCCACCGUGACUGAAAAAAAGACCUUGUUGUAAAUAUUGUGAAUAUUGUAUAGAAAGGUGUUGUUUAUACUGAUGCUGAAAAAAGGCCUUGUAUUAUCAGCUCAUGAAGACUGUUCAGUUGUACUACAUGCUGGCAAUACUUUAAAUUCAUAAAUAUUGUUGAUGGAUUACUUUUUUGGGGGGGGUGCGGACCUCUAAAUGAAUACUAUUCACAGCAGCUCUGUACAGCAGAUCCUUCUUUGCCACAGGAGUUAAAAGGCAAAGACUGGUGUCCCAACAUGUGUCCUAACAGUCUAGAUAUAUUUCUUUGAUUCCUGCUUCAUCCUGUUAGUACUCCUCACACCUCGAUGUUCUCAUGAUCUUAAAGAAUCUGAGCUUCAGAUUUGUAAGAGUUCUGUUUUAGUAGUUUAUUUGCCUGUGAAUAAAAUGCACAUUUGAAUUA